AUGAGUCAAGACGGUACCAACAAACAGGACAAGUCCAUCCCUAAUCUUGAAGCCCUUCUCAGUGGCACCCCCUACCUUAGGGGGAUGUGCCAUGACCUCCAUCCCGAAGACUCACUAGUCAAGGAGGUUCACUCGAACUGUCUGAGCAACAGUCACGCUGAUAAGAUCAGACACGUUCUGGCGCUCCCGAUCAAGCGCUUCUUCCGGCCCAACGAGGAUCCCGGUAUGAUGAGCAAUGUCUUCAAAGCUCUAUUAAGAUGGUCGACUACCGUUGUUCUGAUCGGAAAUUGCAAGGCCAACUCUGACAGUGAGUGUGACACAGUGCAGAUGGGACCACUUCUCACCCAUCUGCUAAAUUGUGCUCAGGCCACCUCAAGGAAGUCCUUCGGCCCUAAUGGUCGAGCCUCGGGUCCUUAUGGCGCCAUCGAGUACCACAAUCUCAUCCAAGAGAGGGUUGUCGACCUUUUGAGGCAAGGAAAGUCCUUGCCCAGAGCAAUGUUGAAGAUGGCCAAAUACCAUGACGAUCUCAGCAUUCGUGCCAGUGAAGCGGCCGCUGAAGCCAGGAGUAAGUCGCAGAGUAGCUUCAGAAGCAACCCAUCCGCUGAGACCAAACGCCGUGGUCAGAAGCAACACCGUAAGGGCGGAGACCGGCGUGAACCACCCAAUAAGAAGCCUCGUGGCGGUGAGAAAGGUGCCAAUUCUGAGGCCACGUCCUCGACCAAGGCUAAAGAUCACAAGUAA